AUGUUUUUUUUUUGUUUUUUACACAAACGCGACUUUCUGUUUCCGUAUUUCCUUUCUUGUAAUAUUUUAUUCGUUACUUCUUUUUUAUUCUUUCUUUUAUUCAUUAUUUUUUGUGUUCUUUUUAUUCCUUCUUCGAUUCGUCAUUUAGUCUUUCAUUCUUCCUUUCAUUCAUUAAUUCGUUUAUUCUUUCUUAUUCUUUCUUUUCUUCGUUAUUUCUCUUUUAUUUUUUCUUUUACUCAUUCCUUUACUCGUUCUUUCUGUUAUACGUUUUAUUCUCUCUUUUGUUGGUUCUUUACUUUUUCAUUCAUUAUUUCUCUUUUAUUCUUUCUUUUACUUAUUCUUUUACUUGCUCUUUAUUUUAUACGUUUUAUUCUCUCUUUUAUUUGUCCUUUACUUUUUCAUUCUUUUUUCAUUUAUUCUCUUUUAUUCUUUCUUUUACUCAUUCCUUUACUCGCUCUUUUUUUUAUAUUAUUAUAUUUUUUCUCCGUUAUUUCUUUUUUUUUAUCUAGCUUUCAUUCUUUUCAUCGUUCGCUAUUUGUUUUAUUCUUUUUUUACUCUUUCUUUUCUUCGUUACUUCAUUCUUUUAAUUUCUCUUUUAUUCUUUCUUUUAGUGAUUAUUUCUUUUAUCCUUUUAAAUUUCUUCUUUGA